AUGCAAACAAAUAAGAAAUCAGGAAGGGGGCAAACACUUUUUCACACAACUGUAUAUAUACACACACAUGUUCUCUAGAUGACUACUUCAGAAGGAGGAGGGUUCUGUGAUUGUGGAGAUGCUGAAGCCUGGAAGAAAGGUUCUUACUGCCAGAAACACAAACCUAACAACAAAGACUCUGAGGAGGAUCCUGUAUCUGUGCUUCCUGCUGACAUGGUCGCUCGUAGUUUCAGCAUCUUCUCGAUCCUCCUGAAGUACGCUGUGGACAUGCUGACCUGGGACCAGGAGGACCAGCUACCUUCAGGACUGGAGCCACCGCACAGAGAAGACACCUACUACUGCAUGUUGUUUAAUGAUGAAGUCCACACCUAUGAACAGGUGAUCUACACGCUGCAGAAAGCCGUGAACUGCAGCCAGAAAGAAGCAGUCCGCUUCGCCACCACCGUGGACCGAGACGUCAGUACUCACCUCAUAUACAGUAUAUGUACACCAGUGGCAGGCCGUGCAUGUUAUACCUGGGCCUUCACUGCUGUCCCGCAGCUGGAACACAGCUACGGUUAUUAUUAG